CGCCGUGAAGCUGGUUCUAACCGCAACAAACCGUGCGAAAGUACGAAAAAUUGUAAAAACUAGCAAUCGAGCAUUUGCAACGGCAGUGCAAAAUGUCCGACGUGGAAAUGACGGAGCAAGGCGAACAGGCCGUGAUCGACACAAUCAAGCUAGACUCCGACGAUGACGACGAUGCCACAUCUUCAGAAGGCAGCCACACGGAAGAUGAAGAAACGGAGGACGAUGACGACGAAAACGACGAUGAAUCGGUCGAGUCCAAACACAUCAAACAGUACAUUGAGAUACUGACGAAGAUUGCGGGGGACAAGUACAACUACGACAACUACGUUCAGCUGCUGGAAGUGGCACACGAAAUGAAUGACCUCGACAAGAUUCGUCAGAGUGCCGAAAUCUUUGCGGCCAUGUAUCCGCUAUCGCCGGACAUCUGGCUGCGGUGGUUAAAGAUCGAAGCGUCUCUUGCAUCGACCGACGAACAGAUCGAGAAGGUUGAAAAACUGUUCCAGCGAGCACUGACGGACUACUACUCGGCCGAGGUGGCGCUCGAGUUUGCCGGAUUGGCCCUGAAGACGGACAACAAAACGAUUGCGGAACGUAUCUGGAAAAUACUGGUACCGACGUACGCGCUACACACGUUCAAGGGAAGAUCCAUCUUCGAGGCAUACCGCGAGGAUGUUUUGGCGAAGAACGGAGAUUCCGUGGAAAGCUUCAAUCGAGUGGCUCGUAUCUACGAGCAGGAACUGAAGAUACCGCUGCGCAACAUGGAAGACUCAUACAUUGAGUAUAAACUGCUCUGCGAAAAGUACAAGUCAAUGUUGACCGAUUUGGAUGAGGAAAAGUUUGAACGACGCUACAAGCAGGCGAAAGCGGCACUCCAGCAGAUGUUGCCGCACGAGACGGCUCUUGCGGCGUUAGAAUCACACCAGCACCAGGAGCGGGCCGAGCUGUACCGCAAGUACAUCGCCGAUUGCCGGUCUGACAUUGACGACGAUGAGAAGCAAAUACUGUACGAACGGAUGGUGACUGAGUGCUGCCUGGAUGGGACCGUUUGGUUGGACUAUCUGCGGUACCUGCGCCACUUUCCUCCCGAUCCGGACGAUAAUCCUUCCUCGAUCGUCUUCCGACAAACGCCACUGGACCUGGUGAAUCGUGCCCUGCGCAACUGUACGUGGAGCGCGGAGCUGUUCGUCGAAAAGAUGCGCAUCGUUGAACGUGACCAGAAGGCGAGCUCGAAAAUGACGGUAGUAAAGAUUAUGGAAGAUGUGGCAUCGGCCGGUCUGCAAACGCCGGAAGCAUCGGUCAAGGUUUGGCUGGAAUAUCUGACGUUCUUGAGACGGUAUACGGAUUUUGAGAAUGAAAAGGAGCGCGACAUAUUGCGCGCUAACUUUGAUCUGGCGUGGAACCAGCUUGGCCGAACGUGGGGUGUGUUGGCUGAUCCACAGUGCAAGAUUUUGCAGUUUUGGGGCAGGCUUGAGUACGAUGCGUUCCGCGAACCCAAUAAGGGUCGCGAUCUGUGGCUCAGUGUAAUGGAAAGUGCCGAUAAUUCGACACGAGCCGGACUGUGGAUCGAGUUUGCCGAGAUGGAAGCCAAACGCAACGCCGACGCCGUUCGAAAGCUGUACCGCAAGGCAAUCUCCUCAAACGGCUUAGAUGAUCCGGAAACACUUGCCGCCGCAUGGUUGCGCUUCGAGCGCUGCAACGGUACGCUUGAGCAGCUCAUCUUUGCCCAGGAGCUUUGCAAGGCCACGAUUGAGAAGUACUACAAAACAUUGAUCAAACCGGUGCGCUCCGCAAAGGGAAAGCCACGGGUGGAUGCGGUGGCAAAAGACACGCCUUCUUCGGAUACGACACGGAAAGACGGAGCGACGGAUGGCACGGCCAAGAAAAAUCUAAAACGCACACACGAACAGUCUGCGGUUAACGAUGCACCGAAGGAAGAAUUCAAAGUUCCUGCCAUUCCGUCAAUCAACAGUGCACCGAAGUCAGGGGAAACGAAUUCGGAAUCGGCUGAGGAGACGCACGAACGAUCAGACGGGGAAGUGAAGCGUGCCAAACUAGAAACACCGGAAAAGGGAACCGAAACUCGCCAGGUGUUCAUCAGCAACUUAAGCUUCGAUGCGACGGAACAGGAAAUUCGAGACACUUUUCCCGAGCUUUCGAUAGAAAGCAUCGAACUUGUAGCGUCAAGUUCGGGUAAAAGUCGUGGUUUCGGUUACGUUCUGUUGUCCAACGAACAGGAUGUACCGAAAGCACUUAGCCUUGACCGUCGUCCACUGGCCGGACGCCCAGUAUUCAUUUCGAACGUAGCGCGCGAUAAAGCCAACCGACAGCAUCAGUUCAAAUAUUCUUCGGCCGUUGAACCGAACAAACUGUUUAUCAAAGGCCUUCCAUUCGAGUUAGGUCGCGACGACUUGCAGCGCCUUUUCGAACCAUUCGGGGCCAUUAAGGACAUUCGGAUCGUGUGCUUCCGAAACGGACGCUCGAAGGGUCUGGCGUACCUCGAAUACGAAACGGAGGCGGCAGCCAAGCGAGCGGUGCUGAAACUGGAUCAACACGUGAUCGAUGGGUUUACCAUCACCGUUGCCAUUUCGUCACCGCCACCAAAGAAGAAUCCAACCGCUACCGAACCGAUGAAAGCAUCCUCCGGUGCGGCGGAAGACGGUGGAGCUACCUCAAGCCUCGGUGCUGGAAAACGCCAGUUGGCGAAAGGUGACGUGAAGCAGAAACUUUCGCCGAUGAUUCCGACGGCGCUGCUCAAGCGAACAACGGCCCCCGCUGGUACGGAAAAGCCCAAAUCGAACGACGAUUUUCGUAAGCUGCUUCUUAAGUGAGCAGCAAAUGGGAAUCUUCCGAUUCGCACCCAACAUUCAUCAUAACAUUCUUCGUUCUUCGUUCGUGUGUAUUUUUUUGGAGGACUAUAAGUUUGGGGCAAUUCUCUCAACGGAGAGAGUAACAACAGUAAAAAUAGCGUAUGGAAUAGUUUUAUUCCGCCUUUUCUCUUGCUUCCAUCGUCAACCGUGUUGUGCGAUAGGCAGCGUUUGCGUUUCUUUGCGGAAGUGGUUUAUUCCGUAGUAUCCAUAAACAUCGCGAUUAAUUUUGUGUCCGUUAUCGCGGAUUCUUCCAUCAUUACUGCUACUCCACGUAAUAUUUGCUUUUCCUGUGUCGCUUUUUGUCUGUAUUUGGGUUUAUAUUUCUCACUUUGUAGU